CCCGAGAGGGCACUACGCAAGGAAUCGUUCCUUGUAGUCUUUAAACGCCUUUUUGGUAGCUUUUUGUAAAAUAUCUGCGAUUUUCUUUUGUAGUUAGAAACCGUAUGGGGUUUCUUCCUGGACAUUCCCUCGGUCGUCCGUCCGCCUUUGGAACAAACACAACAACCAACACAAGCCUUCCGUCAAGACAGCCAUCCACUGCUUCCAGUCGUGAAAAUGCUCGCUACCAACUGUCUUUUGCCACACCGCGUCUACCUCCCGCCCCACCGCCCCCAUCAACUCCGUUACGUCGGCACGGAUCGGACCUCAGCAUCGCGUAUUCGCUCGGCUCACACUAUAAUACCCCAUUAAAAGAAGCCAUGGCUUCAUGGGAGGAAGACCUGGCCUUGGCUGAGACUCAGACGAAUUCUGGAACCUUAAAGUCAGCAAUGGCACCGAGUUUGGCUGGCAGUACAUUAGUCGAGGAAAGGGUACGAGUUACAUCCAUCUCAGCCGGGACAAGUGCAACCAGAUAUCCGAAGACGCUAAGGGAUGAAAACCGUGUAGCUGGUUUGGCAAACCGUGCUCCUUCGCGUUCAGCCCGUGACAUUGCAGAGAACGUUCGACACUCUCGAUUGUCUGUUCCCGAACCAGGUCAAUUACCGUUGUUCCCAAGCUGGUCUGGAUCUGGAUCGUCCGGUACUGUUUUGAAUGAAGCAACAUCAGCUGCCUUGGGCAUCACAAAGCGUGGUCCUUCCAUGCAGAAGUCCCCGGACUCUGACAUUGAAAUAGGUAUACCUUCCAUCAAUCGUCCAUCCGAAAGCGUCACGGCCGUCACCACGCAGCUCGACGAGCCUAUCCACAAUGAGUCUACAGCGGAAUUAUUGCAAGAAAUGUCCGAAGCCAAAUCUCGUCGCCGAAAGCGUUGGUGGUUCUGCCCGCUGAUGACGAUCGGAAUCUUGUGUGGGGGGGUUAUCGUGACUGGGAUAGUCCUGAUCAUAUUAGAUCGAUUGGGCGUAGUGCCAUGGCAGGUGGUUAAGAGCAACAUUGUGAGUGCUGCCCAGGCUGUGGGAUCGUGGUUUCAGCGUAAUUUCUCGCCCAAGCUAUCCACUGCGGGGGUCGUCAUUGUGGCUGUUACUUCAGCGACUGUUGCCAUUGCAUGUGUUACAUACAGCAUUGUUCUAUUACGCCGUCGACGCAGACGACACCGCAAAGUCUCUGGGCCUCCUGCGAUGGGCUCAGCACGGCGCAAGAAGUCAAUCCACCACUUCAAUGAAUUUCUUGGACAUACCCCGUCAAAUCAUCUUCCCAUGGCCCGAAGUCCUUCCUCAGCGUCAUUAGGCAUAGUCCACUACAACUGCGACUUUCUCCUUCCAUCCACCCUGCCGGCUGACGCUAUACCAGACACUGCGACGUUAGCCGCUUCCGCUGCAGAGCCCACACAAACGGACCAUGGCAACAACACUGGAGAACAAAGUGUGGAUCGGGGCCAUGGAAGUCGGGGAGGGAGUGCACAUGAAAGAUAUAAAGGAGGAGGGGGUACUGUGGUCCAGGUGUUGCCCCCUGAGGCAGUCGUCCGCCGUGUGCCGACUUUGACUUAUUCUGCUGCUGGGGUGGAAGCAAGUCUAGUGGCGGCAAGGAUCGCUGAAGGUCGUCGAAAGGCCUCCUAAUUCACACCGUGAAUUACUGAAUUAGGAUUGGAAGGAGUGGCAAAACUUCUAUUGGAUCUUUUAUCUUUUGGAGCCCCGAGGAGUGUGUAUUUCUGUUGUACGGCUUAUUAUAUGUCACGCAAUACGAUGGGGCAGCCAGGUAUAUAAUAUUGAG